UGAAAUGACUUUAGUCGAAGAAUUAACACAAUCUAACAUCUCGUUAAUAGUUGAGCAAUUCACUUUUAAUGAUAAAGAUCUAAAUGUUAUAAUUGAGCAAAAUACUCCUUUCAACAUUCAAAUGAUGAAAGACUUUCUGAUUGCAUUCAACCUCCCCAUAUCACCAGCAUUUGGUAUUUUCACAGCUACAGUACAAGAUCCCAGUACCACAGAUAGUGAAAUGACCUACUUUCACCUCAAAAGAGAUGUCUACGAUGCCAAAAAUCUUGGUAGCAUAGAAGUUAGUAAUAUUAAAAAAUCAGUGUGCAUAGCUGCUGAGAUUAUUGAGUGGAGUUAUCUCAGCCAGGUGUUCUCCAAAUCUGGAGCUGAUGUACCAUUGAUAAAAAACAGAAGAACCAGACAUAAGAAAUUAGAAAAAUUAGCCAAAAAACUCAACCCAACCAACAAGGUAACAAGAAAAGGAAAACACCUCAACAGCAAAAAUGCUCAAGAGGAAAGCUCCUCAAGAGCAAUAAAACUAAAAAAUGUAGCAAAUA